CUUUUCUCUCUUUCUUUCUUACAAGAUUAUACCGUUGCCAUGGGAAAUUGUACAAGCAACAAAUAUUUGGCAGAGACAAUGCCGAUGAGUGAGGAGGAGGAGGUUGUGGAGACGGUGAAGAGGAAGCUGAAUGCCGAUGACGGUGCUUCGAGAGGGACGACGACGACGGAGGUCAAGAUUAGGAUGACAAAGAGAGAGCUGGAGAAGUUAUUGAGCAAAGUGGAAGUGGAGGAGCUGCCAGUGACGGAGCUGUUAUUGCAGAUGAUUGAGGUUGGGGAUGAGUCGGAGAGUACUCAUCGGCGAUCAUGGCGACCAUCUUUGCAAAGCAUUCCUGAGCUGUGCUGAAUUGAAUAACAAGCGUUGAAGAAUAUUAUAAAAUUGUAGAUAAGGGAGUUGAGUUGGAAUAUAAUUAUGUUUCCUCCUAACACUUUGGAGCCAACUACCCCAAAAAUUAAUGGUGACCUUACAAACUCUUUAUUUUUUUACAGUCUCACUCUACAAAACUCUAAUUUGGUUGAAAUCGUAGUUGGUAAUUUUAUUUAGUGUAUUCCGAUGAUAAGGAACUUUUUUGACGUAAUCUUUUGUAGUAUGACACGAACAACAGUAAUUUAGCUUUAUCCAGUCUCUCUGAUAGAACGAAAAAAUUUUAAGUAGACAAUGUGAGAGAUCACCAUAUAACUCAACCAUAGGAUCCUGUGUACAUGA